AUGAAAGUCUAUGUUGUUUUAGUAGCCAUCGUGUUCUUGAAUUUCGUAAAUUCUGCUACUGAUGACAAGAUUCGUUAUAACGGCCGAAAGUCGGCCACUUCUGAUGAUCAGUUGAUUAAAAUAAGGUUUUUGAUCAAGAAUCGAGCUAUGUGUAGGUUUUUCUUGGUUAUGGCACUAUACUAGUGUAAAUUAUGUAAAAAUAUUUUUUUUCAAAUUUUCGAUGAUACGACGAAUACUUUUUGUGCUAUACUUAUGUUAUAAUUGAAUGUACCCAAAAAUAAACCAAAAGUUUAGGUGGUAGAUUGUUCAAGGAUCCACUGUGGAGUCCUGUGAUAUACAAAUGUGAUGUUUUUUGCAAAGAAAAUGAGGUUUGCGUUGAGAACGACGAUCUACAACAAGGUUGUGCUAAAUGUAAGUUUCCUACGUUAAAAAACGAAUUGUUAAAUAAAUCUCGUAUUUUACAAAAGACAAAGCGUAUUUUACUCAAAAUUUAAAUUUUAAAAAGUACAAUUAUCUGAUGAUAAAAUGAAGCUUUUAAAACUUUAGUGCCAACAGCCUGUGCAUCAGCAUGGCUAAAACGUCGCGGCCGAAGUCCUCGUAGCACGUUGAGAAGCAACUGGGUUCAAGUACGAUCCAAAUUAGGACCUCGGCAACGUACUAUGCUUAUUUCUAAUUUUUAG